ACCAAGACUUUUGCAUGCUUUCGAUUUAUUAUUUUGAUAUUUUCCUAGGUUUACUUUGAGCUUGGUCCUAGAAAAUUUUGUUGAAGCGUUUUUUUGCAAUACUGAUUAGGAGAACGAUGUAGGCUGCAGUGCAUUGUAUGCGCCUGUUGGAAUCUUGAAGACGAGACGAGUUGAGACUUCUUGAAUCUUGAAACAGGAUUGCAGACUCCCCAUCACCAUCAUGAGCUCCCUCAGCCAGCUGCAGAAACGCCUCUUCUUCAAGCUGCCCCUGGACCGCCACUGCACUCUCCACCUGUGCCCCGCAGGGGACGCCCUGUGCUGCCUCACCGCGGCGGGGGAGCUGUACUACGCUCCGCUGACGGGACGCCAGCUCAAACUGGUCCGACCCAGUGUGGCCGAGUUCCUGUGGCUGGACGCCCGCCGUUGUGUGCUGCUGGACGGGGCGACGCACGAACUCCUCUUCUACCUGCUGGACACGCAGGACACCGUCAAGUUUGUGGUGCUGAUGCAGUUCAGCUUCCCCUUUGUGGCCAGUGCGCUGGCGGACCAUGGACUGGUGUUGCAGUUGGAUGAUGCGCUGCAGCUGCUGAAAUUCCAUACCUUUACGCUGCCUGGCGAUAUGGGACGAGGCGGGGAAUCGGUGAAAGAGCUGUUCUGCACGGCGAAAUCGGAGCAUCUCCUGCGCUUCCACGUGCAGACCUCCACCCGCACCCUGCAGCUGACCUCCUGCCUGAAACUGGCCCGCGGGGGCGUGGCCACCGCCUGCGGCGAUGUGUGCCUCUUCUACGCUCCGCUAUCCCGCAACCUCUUCAUCGUCUCGGCCGUGGAGAGAGAGUUUCUCGUCGUGGCGUCACUAAAGAAAAUCCUCUCACCCCGCACCUCCGCCAAGAUCCAUUUGAUCGCGCUGUCACCCGAUGGCAGGUGGCUGGUGCUGGUCACGUCGGAUCUGGAUGUCCAUCAGGUGCAAUUCGCCGCGUUGAACGAGGACAGUGUGAUGAGUAAAGGCUCCAUCUUCUCCUGCCAGACCGGCCGCUACCUGGAGGAAGACUACCAGCCGGAUAUCGCUGCCCGCCGGCCCAGCCGUCGCAUGAACACCGUCUGGGAGCGGGAAGUGGCGCAGUUGGUGGCUAAAAACCACGCCAAGGAGCACUACACCACCACCGGCUGGAUCUUCCCGCCGAUGGACGCUGCCGCGCCGGUCAACAUGCCGUGGCGGGCGCCGGAAGAGUUCGAGGGAUUCGUCCCGCAGGCGCUGCACUGCACCCCCACCGAGACCUAUGUCCUGGCCAAGAAUUUCGAGCACAUCCUGCUUCUUGGCGUGAAGAAGCUGACCGGUCCCGAGGGUGUGUGGAUGUCGUUCAGCCAGGAAUGCGCCAUCGCCUUCCCCACCGACCAGCCCUACCCCAUCCUGCUGUUCUACCCGAUGUCGGUAGCGGUGAUCGCCCCCGACCAGGCCACCGGUUUCCUGCCGGAAGUGGCGCGGGCCGCGGCGCCCGAUCCCUGGGAGGAUCUCUCGGAGAACCAGGUGAUGGAGCUGGCCUUCAUGCAGGACAUCAUCGAUAAGGCCGUUGAUUAUCUCCUUAAACGCUAUCCUCAACGGACGGGUCUUUUGGAGACGGAUUAUCCGACUAAAGCGGCGAUUUCCAUAGCCAGAGAAUAUUUAGAAGCGCGCAACCCAUCCGGCGCACAAGACAUCCUUAAUUUUGUCAACUUGGACGUCAACCAGCAGAUGCGGGAUCUGCUGUACGCCACGAGCAGUCCUGACUUGCGCCAAUGGUUAUUCGAUGAUCUGCGCAGUCGGACGGUUGUUGGCGAGACCGACACCGUUCUGUACGAGUACAUCCUGCAAAUGGAGGCGCAUCUGCCCCAGCCGCUGUCCAUGGAGUCCGUCAAAGACUGGACGGAUCUCCAGCGGCGUCAGAAGCUGCUUGAGGUGGCCAUCACGACCAGGGACAUUGCUCUGGUGGACACCUUCCCGGCCGAUUUCCUCUUCGACCUCCUGUUAUCCCUGGACGACACCGUCCGCUUGACCUCCUGGAUCCACUCCCGCCCCGACUUUACCACCCACCUCAUCGAUCCGGCCUUCCGCGAGCGCAUCCCCGACGACAGCGCAUUAGCCGACGAAUUCGCCCGCCAGGGCAUCUUCUCCGCCUCCGAACUGACCCACUGGCGCGACUACAUCCGCCGCCUGAUGAGCGCCUUCGACCAGCAUCCCUUCUUCGACAAAACCAAUCCCCAGCGUCUGUUGGAGCUCCCGCCCCCCAUCCGGGAGGCGUUUAUCACCUUCUGCGUGGAGCAGAAGUUGGUGGCGGUGGUGGGGGAGUUGGCGGACGAGCAGGGGUUCCGGGAGUGGGUGGGAGCGCGGGAGGGUGAGCUUCCCGAGUGGUUGACGGUGUAUUUGUUGUUUCGGCGCACCGAGAUGGAGGAUGUCGGGCAGGUGAAGGAGUUGGCGGAGGCCAACGCCCGGUUAUGUUAUGGGAAGGAGGCGACGCUGGAGCGGCUGAUUGAGAUGGAGGAGACGGAGCUGGCGGUGGGGCUGCUGUUUCUAACCAAGGACGUGGGACCAUGGACUACGGAGCCGGGAUGUCCGUCUCUGUCGACCGCCUCCCUGGAGCUACUGCAGAAACAGCUGUCCAAGUAUCCCAAACUGAAAUCGGCGUUAUUCCCUAUCCGUUUGUCUCCGGAAGAGCGUCUAGCCAAAUCGGUGACGGUGUACCAGCUGCUGGAAUCCCAGGCGCCCUUUGACCCGCGCAAACUCUUCGGUUGGCAGUCCACCAACGCCGUCAACACCCACUACCGCAGCGUCGAAGUCCCGUCGUUUUCCCAGGCCGAUCUACAGGAGAAGUUCGGCUAUAAAAAGGAUUUGGAUUUUACAUAUUAUUUAAAGAAUUGCCGAGCGUCGUUCGCCUACUGGAGUUUUGUCUCGCAGCUGACCAGCGAUAAUUUCAAGGAGGAGAUGCAAGCGGGGCGGGAUAUGGCGUUCUUCUUGUCGGUGUUCUGCUUUACGGAUGACAAGAUCGUGGCGACAUGUGUGGCGUUCAUGGAGAUGUUGGGCAUCGAGUCCAUGUCCACGCGCAUUACUGUGCAAAGCGCACGAUUAAUCAAAAACUAUUACCAGGCUGUAAAUAAUCUGGCCGACGCCAACGCGGAGGCCUUCACCCGCGACACCUUCAUCGAGCUGUACAAAUACGGAACAGAAAUGGCAGCCGGCGUCUUAGACGACCUUUUACCGGCCACCCACCACCACCUCCGCCAAGCCGGCAUCGCCCCGGCCACCUGGGCGGCCGUGCCCAGCUGGACGCUGGUCAACCAGUUCUGCGAGUUGUACAGCCUAUCCUUGUCUGUAGAAUACCUGCGACUGUGCGCCGCCGUCAACGACUGGCUGGGUUUUCUGGUCUUUGCCGAGUUGUUCCAGUAUCCGUUGGCCAUGGUGGCGCCGCUGGUGGAGGGCUUCACGCAGACGCAUCUGCGGGAGAAUAUGCGCCUGAUCCUCGCCGGGAUGAAGAGCGCUCGUCCCGAACAGCAGCUGCAUCAGGGCGGGCUGCGGAAUGUCCGGGGAGCGCUGUAUGCGCGCAUCGGGGUGGUGCCGAGUGAUAAGACGACCAGCGGGACUAGCACCAGUGAUGAGGAUCUCCGUGCGGCUGAUUCCGGCGCCGCGAAAUCUGGCGGCGACAACCGUCCGGCCAAUUUGAUUGAAGUGAUGGCAUUGGUGCAGAAAGCUCUGCAUCCCUGGCGGGAACUGUUGGCGUUUGCGGUGGAAUUUCAUGCGCCGGUGUACGCUGUGAUGGCUGCCAAUGAAGCCGGCGUCAACCGGCUGUUGUGCCUCUGCAUUCUCCUGAUGACGUCUUUCUCGGAAGCGGAACUGAUCAAAGCCAAGGAGGCUCUCAACAUCACUGGUUCGUUAUUGGACUUCCACUGGACCCGCGAGCACACCGUCCUCCUAACCAACCAGCACGCCGCCGCGCAGAACCUCCGCCUGGCCAGCAACGCCUGCCGCGCCGCCUACCCCGCCAGCGUCCUGGCCCACCUCCUGGACGUCGCCGCCGACAUGGAGGAGCGCGCCGACCGCCCCGCCCUCGGGCGCAAACUGCAGAAGGUCCCGGCGGUGGCCGCCCGCAAGACCAGCCCCGCCGGCCGCCGCGAGGACGAUGUGGAGGACGCCGAGUGGGGCGUGGCCACGGGGCUGGGCGUGGUGGCGCGGCUGGUGGAGCAGAUCAAGUACGAGAACGAGUGGGAGUGGCGCCGCGUGCUGGGGCUGCUGCGCGACAGCGGGGUGAUGAAGAUGGCGGAUGAGGGGGCGGGGACCGGGGAGGAGGUGCAGCGCCUGGCUGCCGAGGUGGCCGGGCUGUCGCAGGCUCUGCAGACCGACGCGUCAAAGAUCCUGGAACUGAAAUCGCUGCUGCGCGAUUUCCAGCGCAGCGCCCUAUGGUCAGCGGAGUCGUUCCGCAUGGAGAUCUGGCGGGGCAUCUUCGCCCGUCUCCCGGUGGAACUGGUGGAGAAGCAGUCGCUGAUGGAGAUCCAGGAGAUUCUGGAGAAAGCGCUGCUGGCCUCCGACUCCCAAGAAGAGAAGUGUGUGCUGCUGACCAUCAUGUGGAAGCUGGACGAUACGCCGCAGCGACUGCGCGCUGCCUGGGAGGCUAAAGUGACUUUUGGAUUGAGUACGUCGCGGCCGCUGGAAGAAUGGAUCCGGGAUGGACUGCUGGGGGCGGGCGCGCCGCCCGCCGAUCUGCAGACGGAACUGCUCAGUCUGGCCAGGCUGUGCCUGCGCGAUAUUCCCCAACUGAUCAACACCGGCAAUAGUCGCGACGCGAUGCUGGACGCCAUGACGGCCUACCUGCUGAAACUGGGCAACCUGGUGUUGGCGGCGCGCAUCUGCACCGAGUUCGCCUUCCUCAACCGCGAUCUGGACGCCAUCUGCGCCGCCAUCGAGCUGGCGCAGGGCAGCAAGACCCCGGCGGAUCUCCCGGGCUGGAUCCAGGCGGAAGUGCAGUCCGGCACGCGGCGCGUCAGCACCACGACGCUGCACAACGGGCUGGAGGAGGACGCGGUGGUCGUCUGGCUGCGGCACAUCGCCGCGGUGUGCACGCUGGGCAAGGAUGUCGUGCAGGCGCUGCUCGAUCAUUACCUCCUCACCAAACUGCUCAGUGCGGGAUUCGAGGAGCUGUUGCGCGCCAACACCACCGCCGUGCUGGAGCGCGUCUUCGUCGAACCCAGCGUGGAGAAAGUAGCCUUAGCGCGGCGCUGUCUCAUCUCCUUCCGCGCCAACCCCCUGGAGGUCACCGCCUUCAUCGCCGACUACGUCCGGCGGCGCUUACUCCACGGUCUGGAGGCCCCGGAGGUGGCCGACAACCCGGAGGCGGUGCGGAAGCUGGGCGAGUCGGUUAAACCGUUUCUCAGCGUGGCCAUGGACUGUGUGGCGCUGGGCAACCAUCUGAUGGACACGGCCACCACCCUGCAGAUGGCCACGCCCCAACUGGCUGUCGAGCUGCUGAUCGCCGCCCACGAAGUGCUCAACGGGGCCGGGACGUUGGAGGGCAUCGCCCGGCUCAUGAAGGCCUGCAAGGGUCUGGCGAAAUUGUUAGCGGAAAAGAAGCAGAUGGCGUCACUGUUGCGAUUGCUGAACGGUAUCGGGCGCUACUCGGAGAUGACGUUUGUCUUCCAUCUGAUCAAGGAGGCCGACGAGAUGGAGAAGCUGUUCGGCCGCGGUGUCGACAAGGAUCCCAAACUGCGCAACGCCAUCCUCAAUUAUCUGCGUAAAUACCAUCCGGAGGAUCACAACGAUUUUGAUAUGCUGGCCGCGCAUUACUCCAUGCACCGGGAGAUCGGCGAGACCUUCCAGAUGAUCGCCGAAGACAAACUGAUGGUGUUCAAGCACCGGGCCAUUGUCGACACGGCGGAGACGCAGAGUGAGCUGAAGAAGAUCAUCCAGCUGAUGAUGGACGCCGCGGGGAAUUUCGCGCGCGCGGAAUGCUACUUCCGGCAGGAGCGCUGCAUCGAGCAGGCCCGCCUCGUGGCGCUGCAGAUCGUCUUCCUGCCCACCGGACUGCGCUUACUGUCGCUCAAGAAUCCCGCCGGAUUUGUCUCCCAGCAUCCCCGUUUCGCUGAGGCAUUCAUCUAUGCACAGGCGUACGGCGUGAGUAAGGAGUGGGCGGACGGGAUCUACCAGAACUACGUGAUCCAGGGCGAUGUGCGCUACCUCCAGGACUUCAGUAUUAAAUUCCCGGUGACCAUCGGACUGGUCAGCGACAUCGCCGCCAAGUACAAAGCCGACCCCGCCAAACCGCCCACGGCGGCCAUCUACAUGAAGAAACUCCUGCGCCAGCUCAGCGACGUGGCCACGGCCUACGAGCUGGCCAACGAAUUAGCCCUGAACGAUCUCUCCAUGGAGAUCCUGCAGAUCGACGACGGUGCCUAUCUCCGCGAUGUUAUGCGCGUCUAAUUACAACUGCUGACUGAGCGCUCUGUUGGCCGCAUUUUAUUUCGUUUCUUACUGUGAUUUGGUAUUGAAGAUUUGUUUACUUUUUUUAUAAAUAUGGUUUUUAACUUUUUGCACAUAUUUUUUAUCAGUGCUGGCUGUGAUUUUGGCGCGUCUUGAUUUUGGGAAAUUGUUGGGGACGAAUUAUUAUUUGAUAUAAAAAUGCCAA